GUCAAAUGUGAAAGUAAACAUCGAGCAAACCACAAUUGUGAUUGUGAAGAGAAGCAAACUAAGUACAAAAAGAGUAUAGAGUAUAGGCGCUGUUUAUAUUAUCAGCUAUGGAGUUUAAAGUUGAAAUUAAGAAAGAGUUUGAUGUUGAAAAUAACGAAUAUAACCAAAAAGAUAUAGAAUGUCAGGUGUCCACAUCAAUAGGUCAGGAGCACUUAAAAAAUGAAUCAGAAGAUAACUCAGAAAUGGAACUGAAAGCUAGAAUUAAGGAAGAGUUUGAUGUUGAAUUUAACCAAAAAGAUAUAGAAUGUCAGGUAUCCACAUCAAUAGAUCUGGAACACUUAAAAAAUGAAUCAGAAGAUAACUCAGAAAUAGGACUAAAAGCUAGAAUUAAGGAAGAGUUUGCAGAAGGUAGUCAAGGAUAUAAAGAGAGUCAGCCAUUUAAAUCCCCAGAUUUUGAAGACUUGAAUAAUGAACCCGAUGGAGAUAACUCAGGUUUUUCUCAGAACAGAAUGGAAACCAUGAAAACAGAACUUGCAUUCGCUACAGAACCACAAAUAAGUGCAAACACUGAAGAAGCAACGUUCAAAAAUUCUAUUCGUAAAUGUAAAAUUUGUUUUAAGCGAUUUAACCAUGCAAGUUCUAUAAAACGACAUAUAGAAACAGUGCACACUAGAGAAACUUCUUACAAGUGUGAAAUUUGUUUUAAGCAAUUUACCAAAACAUCUUAUUUGAAAAAACAUAAGAAAGUUCACACUGGAAAAAAACCUUACAAGUGCGAAAUUUGUUUUAAGCAGUUUCUAAGAGCAUACGAUUUGAAACUACAUAUGAUAUUACACACUGGAGAAAAGCCUUACAAGUGCGAACUUUGUUUUAAGCAGUUUACCAAAACAUCUUAUUUGAAAAAACAUAAGAAAGUUCACACUGGAGAAAAACCUUACAAGUGCGAAAUUUGUUUUAACCAGUUUCUAAGAGCAUACGAUUUGAAACUACAUAUGAUAUUACACACUGGAGAAAAGCCUUACAAGUGCGAAAUUUGUUUUAAGCAGUUUAUAAGAACAUGCCAUUUGAAUGCACAUAUGAUAUUGCACACUGGAGAAAAGCCUUACGAGUGUGAAAUUUGUUUUAAACAGUUUACUAGGGCAUCUAAUUUGAAACGACAUAUGAGAUUGCAUACUGGAGAAAAACCUUAUAAGUGUGAAAUUUGUUUUAAGCAGUUCACACAAAAAAUGUCUUUGAAUAAACAUGGGAAAGUUCACAGUGAAGAAAUUCAAUAAAGUGUGAAAUUUGUUUUAAACACUUUGAGAAAAGAUUUGGAGAGUUCAUCCUGGGAAAAGACCUUAUAAGUGUAAAAUUUCUUUAAAUCAGCUGCUUGAGCUCAUUUGAAAGGUUGUUUGAAAUCAGUAUUAGGAGAGAUGAGAGAUAUCUUACAAGUUUCUUUGGUAGAGUUAUGGAAACAGAACGCAUGCCAAGAAAAUGUGGAAGCAAACUUUUGUAGCCUUAACAGAAAGGCCAAAGUUUACCAAUAUUGUAUUGCAAACUUAAGAAAUUUAAAUUUUAUAAACAAUUAUUAGUAAUAAAGUUUUAAAAUAUU